GAUUUGUUCAAAGCAAAGCCGGGCCAGUGGAUAAUAUCAGGAUUAACUGGACUGCCGACAUUUUGAAAGGUCAAUAGUGACCGUGGAAAGGCGGGACAUGUUUAAAACGACUGGAGAAACAUUUAAUUCCUUUCCAAAGAGAGAAGUAGGUACAUGUGCAGUGAGCGACAGCUAGGAGAGCAGUUCAGGGCACGAGCCAAAGGCACACACACCCACUAGCAGAGAGCAAGGCUGCAUUAUUCAAGGAUCCUCUUCUCUACGCUCCUCUGGGCCAGUGACUCACCCCCUCUGUACCUCUUGCUGAGCCAUUAUUACCAUGGAAACCCCGAGCCAGAAACGCACCAGCCGUGGUGCCACCUCCCCGGCCCGCAUCACCAGGCUGCAGGAGAAGGAGGACCUGUGUAACCUCAAUGACCGCCUGGCUGUCUACAUUGAUAAGGUGCGCUCACUGGAGUCGGAGAACGCUGUUCUGCGACUGCGUAUUACUGAGUCGGAGUCCUCGGUCACUCGUGAUGUGUCGGGCAUGAAGGCUACCUAUGAAGCAGAGCUGGCCGACGCCCGCAAGACCCUGGACCAGGUGGCCAAGGAGCGAGCACGCCUGCAGCUGGAGCUGGGAAAGAUAAGGGAGGAGCACAAGGAGCUCAAAGCCAGGAAUAGUAAAAAGGAGUCUGACCUGGAGGCGGCUCUGCUCAGGCUGAGGGACCUUGAGGCCCUGCUCAACUCUAAAGAUGCUUCUCUCAACACUGCCAUGGGGGAGAAGCGAACCCUGGAGGCUGAGGUGAAGGACCUCAAGGCCCAGCUGGCCAAGUUGGAGAGUAACUUAGCUGAUGCCAAGAGGCAGUUGCAGGAUGAGAUGCUGAGGAGAGUGGAUGCAGAGAACCGCCUGCAGACCGUGAAGGAGGAACUGGAGUUCCAGAAGAACAUCUACAACGAGGAGCUGCGUGAGUCUAAGCGUCGGUACGAGUCUAACGUCGUGGAGAUCGACAGCGGGCGUCAGCGGGAAUUUGAGAGCAAGCUGUCGGAGGCCCUGGCUGAAAUGAGAGCCCAACACGAGGAACAGGUCCGCCUCUACAAGGAGGAGAUUGAGAAGACCUACAACUCUAAGUUGGAGAACGCCCGUCAUUCAGCUGAAAGGAACAGCCAUAUGGCGGGAGCUGCCCAUGAAGAGCUGCAGCAGAGCCGUGUUCGAAUAGAGAGCAUGUCAAGCCAGCUCGGCCUGCUGCAGAAACAGCUGUCGGCAAGCGAGGCCAAGGUGCGUGAACUGGAGGAGUCUCUGUCAAGAGAGCGGGACAUGAUGCGCCGGCGUCUGGAGGAUAAAGAGCGGGAGAUGGCUGACAUCCGAGCUCGGAUGUUGCAGCAGCUCGAGGAGUACCAGGAGCUGCUGGACAUCAAACUGGCCCUGGACAUGGAGAUUAAUGCUUACAGGAAGCUGCUGGAGGGAGAGGAGGAGAGGCUGCGUCUGUCACCCAGUCCUCAACCCACCAAGGUCACAGUGGCGCGGACCUCUGGCUCAGGCCACAGCCACACCAGCCGCCUGGUCCAUUCCGCUGCCACUGCCUCCAGCAGCCGCAACUCCUCCGACGGCAGCACCAAGAAGCGCCGCCUGAACGACAAUGACAGUGAGACCUCCAGCAUGGUGGGAGGCACUGUGACCAAGACUCGCAUUAGUCAGCACGCCUCCGCCAGCGGCCGCAUCACAGUGGACGAAGUUGACCUGGAGGGCAAGUUCAUCCGUCUCAGCAACAAGGCCGACGAGGACCAAUCUCUGGGCAACUGGCAGGUGAAGAGACAAGUAGGUAGUGCCACCCCCAUCAUCUACAAGUUUCCCCACAAGUUCACCCUGAAGGCUGGAGGAACUGUCACUAUCUGGGCUGCAUCUGGCGGUGGAACCCACAACCCCCCAACUGACCUGGUGUGGAAGAGCCAGAACUCCUGGGGCACCGGCGAGCUCCUGCAGACCAUCCUCAUCAAUGCCAACGGAGAGGAAAUGGCCAUGAGGAAAGUAACACGGACCUUGUUCCAUGAUGAUGAAGAUGAUGACAUGGGAGCUCACAGCACGAGCGGUGCAGAGAACGAGUACAACUUGCGGAGCCGCAAGGUGAUCUGUGACUCCUGUGGGCAGCCGUCAGAGCGUGGCUCAGGUGUUUGCAGCAGCGGGGGUCUACCUGAAGGCCUCGUGGGACAUUCCUUUUUCAUGGGCACCAACGAGCCCAGACAGGGCCGUGCCAAGCCGGAGAACUGCUCCAUCAUGUAAAACCAAACAGCACCUCACGUGAACCCACCACCACCUGUAGCCCACAAAAAAUAUUUUCUACUGUUGGGAUGUAUCUUUAUUUUUUUAUAUGAUCUCGUCAGAUUUUGUAUUCAAAUUUAUCUGCAUGUUAAAUUUGCUUUGAGGUUUUGGCAAAGGGCACAGGAUUUUCAUAAUCAACCUUUGAGUUUUUUUUUUUAUAUAUUCAAGUUAUGUUAUUGCAUGUGUGCCUCGCUAAUGCUUGUACUGUAUCCUCCUCUUCUUGCGCCCUCUCACACUCACACAUUGACACACAGACAUAGAGCUCCAUUGACCAGUGCUUCGAUCCAAGCCGGGGUUUCACAUUUAAUGGCCAAGCUGUCAUCACUCAACACGCACAGCUAGUGAACCCUGACAGGAAUAAGUCUCUACAGCCAUACAGACAUCAGGAGAAUGAAUCCUGUGGGGUUUGUUAAUCAUGUUUAUCGCCCAUCAAAUAGAUUUAUUUAAGAUGUUGGUGAUGUUGAAAUUUAUUUUCCUUGUUUCUUUGGAACAGUAUUGUGCUAACUUUAUAUGCUACAGAGAAAAGAAAACUUUUUUUUCAAAUCUACAUUAGAAAAGUCAAGGAAAGCCAAAGUGCUGUAAGCUCAGGGUGUUCAGCAGCUGUUUUUUUUCACCUUAGCCUUAGACAAACAUGUUAUAAUACAUUUCCUAUGUGGAUUUAGAUGGUUGGACAGCUGUGGUACACAGAGAAAGUAAUUACUUGAGAUGAAUGUAUAUUUUUCUGUAAUUCCCAGCUCGACCCCAGAGAAAUGUAUUAUGUUUUCGAACGUGUAUAUAAAUAGGGAAUUAUUCUUUGCUGGAUAAGUUGAUUGUACCUGGUUAAAUGAAUCCCAUAUGUAGCUCAGAUUGAUGUACAUGUAGAUGGGUUGCCUUAAUUGUUUUUUUGUUGUAGUAAUUCCAAAGAGGUUUUGUCGUGAUCAAAGGAAAAUGUAGAAUUUAUUUUCUACGUUGGGAAAAUAUCUAUUGAGUUUUGACUGAUAAAUUUGGUGCCAUAUAUACAGUUUAUAUUUAUAGGAUUUCUCAGCUUAUUCAACUAAAUGAACACUAUUCUAAUAUAGAACUAAUUGCAGCUAUUAACAGAGUGCAACAGAUUUUUUUGGAAACAUUUUAACAAGCUUUUUUAGAGAUUAUAAAUACAAAUGUGCCUUUGGAGGACAGAAAAAAACCCAUAAUCAAUCCGUGUUCUUUGAGCACAUGCCUCAUAUUGCAGUCUUGUGACUGUCAGCUGUCCUCUGGUUUGUGUUGAGGUUUGUCCUGGUCAUAAGGGCUUAUUUUCCCUUUCCUCUAAGCUUACUGGCUUUGCAAAUCUCUAGGCAUGAUUUUGGGAUCUGAGUAGGAUUGUGGGGUUUUGUAUACUUUGGCUUCAUGCACUGCAGGAAUACGCACAGCAGGUAGAUCUGUACAUUAGUCUGGCAGCUUAAGUCAUUCAUACUACAGUGAAAAGCAUAAUUUACAGAAAAUACUUGAUAGCUGUUUUUGAUAUUUUGUUUUGUUACUUUUUUUUUUAUUUGUGCCACAUUAGAUUCUUCUUUUUUGCCUCAAGUAGAUAUUUGAUUUUGACACUAUGAUUGCUAAAGUGCCUUAAAGUCCAUGACAGUUGUUAGUUAAAAGAAAUGGCCAGCUCCAAAGAUGUUUAGUAUUUGGCCUCUGUGACACAUUUAUAAUAGACAAAGACAUAGCAUUUAUGUCAUAUGUACAUUUGAGACAAGCUUACUGUGUGUAAUAAUAUAUGCAACUAUUAAAUGAAUCAUCCCUCUCAGAACAGAUCACCCAAAGGGUGUGGUCAGAGUUUUUCAGAGGCCUGUCUGAAUUUAAACCAGAAAGAACCUUCUUCCUUUUGUUUGUGUUUUCUUAAGAAACAUACAGCUGCUCUUUAACUUGAGUAUGCAAUGGUGGUUCAAGUUAAUGAACAACCAAGACACUUAUAAAAUCAGAUUCAAACCACAGAUGUAACAAAACCUCUUGAAAGGCCUUUGUGAAAUCCUGAACCCUCCCUUUUUAAAGUCUUGUUGGAGGCCUCCUGAAUCAUUUUAAGGACCUGAGGAUUUAAAAUGUUACAGAAAGGGAUUUGUUUUGAGCAUUUAAUGCCAAAGUUAUAAUUUGCUUGAAGUUUUGUCAUUUCUAUCAUAACGAUUCUGUUAAAAUUAUGGAAAAG